AUGGGCGAUCACUUUCUAGAUGCUGACAUUCGUGAUUGGAGUCCAUCCACAUGGAGGAGCAAGCCGAUCAAGCAAGAUGUGAAAUUUGAAGACCAGGCAGGGUUUGGCAAAGCCAUCCAGCAGUUGGAAAGACUGCCACCACUCGUCACUCCACUAGAAAUCGUCAAGCUGAAAAACAGUCUUCGAGAGGUGGCCUUGGGAAAUGCCUUUUUGCUGCAAGGGGGUGACUGUGCUGAACUGUUUGACUAUUGCGAACAGGGAAUGAUCGAAUCAAAAGUGAAGCUACUUCUGCAGAUGAGUUUGGUUCUUGUGUAUGGAGCGAAGAAGAAGGUGGUCAGGAUCGCUCGCACGGCCGGGCAAUAUGCAAAACCUAGGUCUAGCCCUGUGGAAACCAUCAACGGCACAACCAUGCCCUCCUUUCGUGGAGAUAUUCUGAACAGCUACGAGCCAACGCCGGAAGCAAGAAAGCCCGACCCAUCCCGUCUGGUAGAGGCAUAUUUUCAUUCCGCAGCAACUCUCAACUAUCUCCGAGCCGCCAUUUCUUCUGGUCUAGCGGACAUGCAUUCACCCCUCGACUGGGGCCUGGGUCAUGUCCUCGAUCCAACAGUCAAAGACAAAUACCAGAAGAUUGUCCACACGAUCACUGAAUGGCUCGAAAUGAUGCAGACGAUAGGAGUUAGUACAGGAGGUGGUCUGGAAACGGUUGACCUCUUUACUUCCCAUGAAGGCCUUCUACUUGAAUAUGAACAACCUUUGACUCGGAUAUGCAAACAUCCACCAAACGUCCUACUCACCACAUCCAACGCUCAAUCGCCUCGGUUGAAUGGUCAUCUCCUUCCAUCUUCCUCCUUCCCAUCCUCUGGCUACUAUGACACCUCUGCCCACUUUCUCUGGAUUGGCGACCGCACCCGUCAACUCACUCACGCGCACGUAGAGUUCUUCCGCGGUCUCUCCAACCCGGUUGGUAUCAAAGUUGGUCCCACCAUGCCCGCGUCAGAUCUCGCUCCUCUUCUCGACAUCUUAAAUCCAUAUCACGAAAUCGGCAAAAUUACCCUUAUCACUCGCUAUGGCUGUGACAAAAUCGCCACUCACCUCCCCUCUCAUAUUGAAGCUGUCAAAAAAUCCGGGCAUGUCGUAGUCUGGCAGUGCGACCCCAUGCACGGUAAUGGCCGAAAUGCCGAUAUCACGUCGGCCACUUCCGAAAACUCUUCUCCACCAACCACUACCACCAUAAAGACACGCCACUUCACCGACAUACUGUCCGAACUCCAACAAGCCCUCCAAAUCCACAAAGCGCAUUCUUCCUACCUCGGCGGCGUGCAUCUGGAACUGACUGGUGACGCGGUGACCGAGUGUGUGGGCGGAGCUGGUGGCCUCAAGGAGGAGGACUUGAGUCUGAAUUAUACCACAUUCUGUGUCCGAGGUUGA